CUAUGAUGUGGUAGUAAAAGUUGGAAAUUCCAUGCGCUCUCUUGGUUUGGCACAAGGAGACAAAUGUGGUAUAUUUGGUGCUAAUUGCCCAGAAUGGAUUAUGAGCAUGGAGGCUUGCAAUGUUCAUGGGCUCUAUUGUGUUCCUUUAUAUGACACUCUAGGUGCUGGUGCUGUGGAAUUUAUCAUAUGCCAUGCUGAAGUUCCACUUGCUUUUGUAGAAGAAAAAAAGAUAUCUGAGCUGUUGAAGACAUUGCCUAAUGCAUCAAAAUAUCUUAAGACACUUGUAAGCUUUGGCAAGGUUACCCCUGAACAAAAGGAAUCAGUUGAAAAGCAUGGAUCUGUGAUAUAUUCAUGGAAUGAAUUUCUGCAACUGGGAGAUAAAGACUAUGAUCUUCCAGUAAAAAAGAAAAGUGAUAUCUGUACUAUAAUGUAUACUAGUGGAACAACUGGCGACCCCAAGGGUGUACUGAUAUCCAAUGAAAGCAUCAUUACUCUACUGGCUGGGGUGAAACGACUGCUGGAGAGUGUAAAUGAAGAGAUCUACCUUCCAAAUACAUACGAGACAGUGCAUUUGAACCGCAAUGUUGGGCUGCUCCAGGGAUACAUAUGAUACCAGCUUCUACCUAGGAUUUCCACUUUUGUAAUAUGCAAGUAUAAUUGUAGGUUAUUUCAGGUGUCUUGGACAUUCUAAUCUUCAGAUUCCUCCAUUUGUUUAGAUAGAUCUUUUUCAGAUCAUUCUAGCUCAAGCAUUGAGUAUAGAUGGUUUCAACAAUGAAGAAGUCGAUCUUUGAUUAACAAACUAACAAGGCCUUAAGGAAAUUGCAAAAGAAUGCUCAAAAGAAGAGAAGGCAUCAUGAUGUGGUUCGAGCUGAAUGGGCAAAUCAUGUUAUACAGUUCUAACUUUGGUUCUGUUUAAGGUAGAUGAGUAGCACUUGGAACUGCUUUUGUGCAUUUAUAUA